AUGAGGUUACUACACGGUGUCUAUUUUACCAUAUUUGCUGUUGUAUCCGUGUGUGGAGGCAACCCGGACGCAAAACGGUUAUAUGACGAUCUGCUUAGUAACUAUAACAAGCUCGUUCGGCCGGUAGUGAAUGUGACGGAUGCGUUAACUGUGAAGAUCAAGCUAAAGCUGUCACAGCUGAUCGAUGUGAACUUGAAAAACCAAAUUAUGACAACCAAUCUGUGGGUGGAGCAGACGUGGUACGACUAUAAGCUGAAGUGGGAACCAAAGGAGUAUGGCGGGGUGGAGAUGUUGCACGUGCCGUCUGACCACAUAUGGCGGCCGGACAUCGUGCUCUACAACAAUGCGGACGGUAACUUUGAGGUGACACUGGCGACGAAAGCUACACUCAACUACACCGGAAGGGUCGAGUGGCGUCCGCCAGCCAUCUAUAAGAGUUCCUGUGAAAUUGACGUUGAGUACUUCCCGUUUGACGAGCAGACGUGCGUGAUGAAGUUCGGCAGUUGGACGUACGAUGGGUUCCAGGUCGAUUUGCGACACAUUGACGAGAUGAACGAAACGAACGUCGUUGAGGUGGGAGUCGAUUUGUCCGAGUUUUAUACGUCCGUCGAAUGGGACAUUCUAGAGGUUCCCGCCGUUAGGAACGAAAAAUUCUACACCUGUUGUGAUGAACCGUACCUCGACAUCACCUUCAACAUCACGAUGCGCCGGAAGACGCUGUUCUAUACCGUGAAUCUCAUCAUCCCCUGCAUGGGUAUCAGUUUUCUCACUAUACUGGUGUUCUAUCUACCAUCGGACAGUGGUGAAAAGGUAUCAUUAAGCAUAUCCAUUCUGCUAUCGUUGACUGUGUUUUUCCUGCUGCUGGCGGAAAUCAUUCCACCUACGUCGCUCGUGGUGCCGCUGCUCGGCAAAUUCGUCCUGUUCACGAUGAUACUGGACACGUUCAGUAUAUGCGUGACGGUGAUUGUGCUAAACAUCCACUUCCGGUCUCCGCAAACCCACACGAUGGCACCGUGGGUGCGGACUAUCUUCAUUAACCAUCUACCCAAACUACUCGUGAUGCGACGUCCAAUCUAUCAACCACUUCAUCACUUCAGUGCUGCCUCGCAGCGGUUCAUGUUGCGCUCAUGCAACAGCCUCGGUGAUCAUAUUCCUCCUCUGCCACCAACGAUCGCGUUCGAUCCUUCGGUACUGCUCGAUCACCACCUGCUUGAUUCCAGCGAAAGUCUCAACACCUGCCGGCUACACGGUAGCCCAACACAUCUGCAUAACCACCGCUCGGGAGGUGGUCGACACCAUCACCACCAUCAUCAUAAUGCGCUGGCGCGCGGGAUGGACCUGAUGGACGAUAUGCCACUACCGUACCACGAUCACAAUCACCACAAUUCGCCAAUGUCACCGAUCAACUUCAACCUGCUGGGAGCGGCCAGUACUGCGGUACCGAACCCAAGUUCAACUGGUACAGCUGUAGCCACCGGAGUCGGUCUGCUCGAUCCGAACAGCACCUUCCACAAGAGCUUGGCAGCGGCUAACACCAGCGAUGGAAAGGCCGGUACUAAUUCGACACCGAAAAGUGGCACCACUGCGACCAGCGGCACUCAUCUCAGCUGCUGCAACAAUCUAUUUCUGAGUGAUCUGCAACAAGCGACGUCAGUGGGCACCGGAGACCUACUGCUCAGUGAAAACGGAGUCGCUGUACCGCUCAACAACAACCUCCCGACGACGGUGUUGCCAAGCGGGAUGAUCAUCAACACCACGGACACGAGUACAACGGGGGCGGCCGCAACCGGUGCCAGCGCUAAGGGAGACAAAUCCGGACAGAACCGCAAUCGGUGGCUCGAAUGUCCUGAGUUGACGAAAGCGAUGGAUGGGGUGACGUACAUCGCUGAUCACACGCGAAAGGAGGAGGAAAGCUCCAGGGUGAAGGAGGACUGGAAGUACGUCGCCAUGGUGCUCGAUCGGUUGUUCCUGUGGAUCUUUACGAUAGCGGUCGUGUUUGGGACGGCGGGUAUCAUCUUGCAGGCACCCACACUGUACGAUACACGUGUGCCGAUCGACAUCAAGAUGUCGGAGAUCGCCACGACGACGGCGAAGCCUUACAUCGCUAAGCCGAUACUAUAA